UAUAUUGAAGACAAUGUCUGGAAGCUUCUACUUUGUAAUUGUUGGCCACCAUGAUAAUCCAGUUUUUGAAAUGGAGUUUUUGCCAGCUGGAAAAGCAGAAUCCAAAGAUGACCACCGUCACCUGAACCAGUUCAUCGCUCACGCUGCUCUCGACCUCGUAGAUGAGAACAUGUGGCUGUCUAACAACAUGUACCUGAAGACCGUGGACAAAUUCAAUGAGUGGUUUGUCUCCGCCUUCGUGACUGCUGGUCAUAUGAGAUUUAUCAUGCUUCAUGACGUGCGGCAAGAAGAUGGAAUCAAGAACUUCUUUACUGAUGUCUAUGAUCUGUACAUAAAGUUUGCAAUGAAUCCAUUUUAUGAACCCAAUUCUCCUAUUCGAUCCAGUGCAUUUGACAGAAAAGUUCAGUUUCUCGGGAAGAAACACCUUUUAAGCUGAAUGUGUAACAAUUCUGAAUUAAGCAGAGUCACCACAAUGGGGUGUACUCGGGAAUGUGUGCGCUGUAAGUAGCUUGAUUAAAUUGCUUG